GCUUGUCUCUGUGCUCUGCUCUUGUGUCAGUUUUGUUCUCGCUGCGCCCCCUGACGGUGAAUCCAGAGACAGUCUCUGACAGACCGUGUCGACCUCUCGGCAGGGAGAAUGGCGCCCCCUGGCGACCAUGGGGCUACUGGCUAAAGGCUGCUCUGCGCUCAGCCGCCUGGUCACCAUCCGACUCUUGAAGCGCUUGUACGAUGAUGAGAGAUGAGGCGCCUCGGUGCUUGUCUAAAAAAAAAGAGGAAAAUAGACUUGACAUUAGCAUAAUGGCUGAUAAAACAUGAGUUAUUACCUGUAACACAUAGGAUCAAGUGUAUCCCUAUAUUCACAUCUUACGCAAUUUAAAAACAAGUAGACUACAGUAAAACAUUCCAGGUUUAAAGAUUUUGCGCGAGAUGUAGGCCUAGACAAAUAAUAAAUCAGAGUGUUGAUAAAUCGACAUAAAAACGAAAUGCCUAUAGUGAAAUUUGAUGCCUAACACAGAACAGACCUCCUCCAAAGCCCGUUGGCUCCUCACUUCGCUAUGCGCCCGUCCAGCCAGCCAGACACAACCUAAGCAGCGGUUCACUAACUCCUUCCCCCGCCCCAAGCUCUCAUUGUCCCCCUCCAAGAUGGAGGCGCUGGAGGUUUUGGGGGGCUACCCGACCAAGCCCUCGAACCCUCGAUCACGAAUGGUCAGGGUUCUACUGAGUAUGACUGUUGUUAUGGGAUGUUUAUUAAUGUUACAUAGUUUUCUCAAAAUCACUAAGUCGCGGAAGCCGCAAGAUUUCUACUCUUUUGAGGUGAAGGACGCCAAAGGGAGAAGCGUUUCUCUGGAGAGAUACAGAGGCAAAGCGUCUCUGGUUGUCAACGUGGCGAGCCACAGCGAACACACAGAGAAUAACUAUCGCUCUCUGCAAGAGCUGCACCGGGAACUGGGGACGUCCCAUUUCAACGUGCUGGCUUUUCCCUGCGGCCAGUUCGGGGAGACCGAGAUGGGGACCAGCCGGGACAUCGAGGCCAACGCCAAGAACACCCAUGGCGUCACCUUCCCUAUUUUCAGUAAGAUCAAAAUCAUGGGAUCGGAGGCGGAGCCAGCUUUCAAAUUCAUAACAGAUUCUGUAAAAAAGAUUCCGAAGUGGAACUUCUGGAAGUUCCUGGUGAACCCUGAGGGCCAGGUGGUGAGGUUCUGGAAGGCAGAGGAGCCCGUGGACAGCGUUCGUCAGGAGGCCACGGCCAUGGUGCGCGAGAUCAUUCUGAAGAAAAGGGCAGAACUCUAACAGCGUGGAACUUGUCAAGACAGGAGUGACUACACCUCUGAGUUCAAUUGAACGUUCCUGGGGUACUGUACGACGGACGAACAUUUCAACACACUUUAAUAUGAUUUGACCACUUUGACAAACUUUGCAGAAGAUCAUGUUCAUUGCACUGUAGGUGGGUUUAGUAUUUUACUGGAUGGCAAUAGGACUAGAAUAGGAGCCUGUGUGUGUGUGUGUGUGUGUGUGUGUGUGUGUGUGUGUGUGUGUGUGUGUGUGUGUGUGUGUGUGUGUGUGUGUGUGUGUGUGUGUGUGUAAUAUAGAUUUUCUUUGUGUCAGUACUCUCUGGUAGCUGCAUGUACACAUGGCCAUCUUGUUCAGUUUGUCUUGUUCUGAGAUAGAUUAAAGACUGUUAUGUUUA